AUGGCACUGAGCACGGCGGAAGCUUACAUAAGCGUGCUAAUCGUAUUCCUGACGAUGAUCACCAUUCCUAUAUACUCAUUCAUAAUCGCUGUUUUUAUCCGCUAUCGUAGAAGUGCUGAAGCUAAAAGUAACUGCCUUUACAUACAAAUUGUUAUUGUCAAAGGAUUCAUCGAUAUCCUAUCAGCGAUAAAUUGUACAUUUGGUUCUUUGUUACCAUCCCUUGGAGCACUGUCGACCGUGUAUCUCGGCGAGUACGGAAUGGCGAUUGCGCAAGUGUAUCUCUGGACUGCCUGGGGCUCUCGGCUGAUGCAAGGAUGUUCAUGUGUGUUGCUGUCAGUUAAUCGUUGUACUAUUCUGCUCAAUCCAGUCAAAUUCACACAGGUUUCCUUUGACAAAUGCGUUUUUUGCAGAGUUCCCCGCAGGGUUUUUGUCGCUACCGGCAUCGGUUUCUUCGGCAGAUGCUUCUAG